GGGGAAUCGAAUAGGAAGAAGAGCGAAACGCCCCUGACCUUGACCACCCCAAUAAAAACAAGAAGAAAGGCUUGAGGCGUCGAUUGAAGCAUGAGCGGCGGCGGCAGAGGCAGAGGCAGAGUUCCACCGACGGCGAGCGCGAGCGUGACGACCACCAUCACCCUCGAGAAUCCCGACGAGUCGUCGGCAUCGACAUCUGCGCCUUUGGUUCUGCGGCUGAAUCGGAAGAAGAAGCAAGUCACAUGGAAGGAGGGGACCGUGGACAACGAGUUUAUGCAGAAGAAGAGCUCCAAAAAGUGCUGCAUCUUCCACAAGGACAAGCCCUUUGACGAAGACGACUCCGAUGAUGAAGACGAUCAUGAUCAUGAUCACGAUCACCACCACCACCAUGAUGAUCACCCUUCAUCUUCCCAAAAUCACACCACCGCCUGAAUUGAAUGGAUCGGAUCUGAUCCUGCUAUUUCGAUUGUAAUGUUGGUGUUUUUCUUUGUAUGCUAUGGGUGUUGUUGAUGUUUAAUAUGAAUUGAACAUUGCAGAUUCAUCAUCGUUUUGCGUAGUUGAGAAUUCAAAGUGUUCAUUGUGAAUUCACAAUAUAUUAUGGAAUUGGCCUUUCUAGUAUG